AUGGGCAUCAAAAUCCGCCACGCCUUUCGCUCGGACGCAGUUAAAAUCCUACGCCUUCUGCACGAAUUGGCCGCCUACGAGGACGAGUCUGAUGCCGUCCAGGCUACCGUCGAAUCCCUACAGAAAACAAUCGCCUUCGCGCCCGAACAUGGCAAGCCUAACGAGGCUUCAACACCGGUGGAAAGGAUAAGGUAA